AUGGAGAAGCGAAGAAAAGCUCAACGACAGGAGAGGAGGACUAGGACGAGUGCGGCCUGUACGUUCUGUCGUAUGAGAAAGCUGAGAUGCAGCUUGGUACUUCGUGACGAUGGUUCGCAUGCAUCCUGCGAAAAUUGUAUCUUGCAUCAGAAAGAGUGCAGAUAUGUUCCUUUGAUGCCGGCAGCGAGACCUUCGAAGUCUAGGAUCGCUGAGUUGGAAGAAGAGAACAGGAGAUUUCGUGAACGCCUGAGUUCUACGGAAGGUAGCAAUGCCCCAUCUCCGUCGAACGCAUCUUCAAGAGGCAAUGACACCGUUCCUCUACCACCCCCAAACCAGUCAGGCCAACCAAUCCCAUCGGAGACAAUUCUGGGAGAUGCAUCUGGUGAUGAAGAGAGAUCUGGUCCACAGGCCACUGUUUCGGGAAUAUUCACAUCGGCGAAUGGACGUGCUAGCUAUCAUGGCUUAACCAGCACUCUUUAUGACGACUUUCCUGGCGAAGAAAAUCGAAACGAUGCGACUGUAGAUCGCCAGUUUGGAGAUGAGAGAUUGACAGCAUUUGCAUCGACACAGCGGCAAUGGGAGCUCAUCAACUACAAUUCUGGCAAAUUGGAUUUUGAUGGACAUCAUUCAUUUCUACUUACCUAUCGGCCGGUGUUCAUGAGAGACAUGGCUUGCGAUGGACCAUACUUCAGCAAGCUCUUACUGAAUGCCAUCUAUUUUGGAGCAUCGAAGUUCAGCCCUCGAACGGAAGUACGGCGAGAUCCUCAAGAUGUCAGAACCGCUGGAUGGAGAUAUAGGCAGCGUGUCAAGGAGUUGUUGGGCGAUGCCCUGAACCGCAGCGAAAUUACGACGAUACAAGCGUUACUAGUCAUGACAAGUUCACUCUUUGCUCUUGGCGAUGAGAGAAAUGCUGCCUGGAUAUAUGCCGGAAUCGCUAUUCGAAUGAUUAUCGACCUCGGCUUACACUCAGAUGCCCCAAUACAUUCCGGCACGAAACCACUGAAGAUCGAAGACCUGGAGAUGCGCCGGAGAGUGUUUUGGGGUGCUUUUGUGGUUGAUAAGAUUCAGUCACUGUAUCAAGGACGACCUGUCAGCUUGGAUAAGAACUUAAUUGGUAGCGUACCAAUGGUUUUUCUGGAUCAUUACGAAGAAUUGGAGCAGUGGACUCCAUUCGCCUACUCCGUAACGUCUCAUCAUCCUGGAACGCCAGCCUACAGCGUUUCUACAUUCACAGAACUUUGCAAAUUAUGCGUAAUCUUGAACGACAUAUUGAACAAGGUUUAUGGGGAGAAGAGUGCGAAACGUGGUUCUGACAAACUUACUCAAGAUCUGAAGUCAAUAAACUCAGACCUUGUGAUUUGGGAUCACGGACUUCCUGCUCAUUUGAGGUUUGAUCCAUCGGCCAACAACGCUGUAGCUCCUCCACCACACGCUUUAUCUUUACAUGCCUUGUAUAAUGUUCUUCGAAUCCUGCUUCAUCGGCCAUUUGUAUCUGAUGGUCACCUUCACACAGCAUCUCCAGAUAUCGCCGUGAACUCUUUCGUCAUUUGUGCAGCAGCAGCAAAGACAAUCGUUCAACUUCUGCAAACCUAUCACCGAGCGUACUCCAUCAAAAGAGCCCCAUAUUUAAUUUCGUACGCAACAUAUGUCGCGGCGACAAUCCAUGUCCGCAUCGCUGCUCAUCGAGGACCUACUUCGGAAGCACAUGCAAGUCUUCGCGCUUGUAUUUCUGUAUUCAACGAGAACCAGGAGAACAAUUGGGCUGUCAGGCGUGCAAAAGCCGUCAUUCUAAAUCUACUGAAUCGAAUGAAGGUUCCUAUCAGUGGAGAUCCAGAUCUUUACGGGAACAUCGACUUGGAGAACGAACAAGCCGGCAGCGCAGUUCCCACUUUAUCACACGAAAAAACCGGUUACUCCGUCCCCAACUUGCAGACCACUGCUAUACAACCUACCAUCGUGAUAGGAGAAGGGCACCAGAACCAAAUUGCUCCAGAUCUCGAUAUCGAUGCAAUUAUUCAAAGCUUUGUUCAUGAGCAGCAAACUUCAUCCCCAACUGCAACCAUGGAACCCGAAGCGCAUCAAAUCUCGUCUGCUACAUUUCCAUCUUAUUCCAAUGGCCCUUUUCACCAGCCUCUGAUGUCGGAUGGGAUGUAUAUCAAUCCACAUUUGUAUUGGUCAAAUCAACCACCGGCGGACUACUCUACGAACGACAUGCUGUUUGGAUUUAAUGGCUCGGCUCUUGAUGACUUUACCAAAGGGCCAGCUCAGGAUGACAGAUAA